AAUACAAGGGAGAAGUCACACACACCCUGCCCUGGUACCUAUCCGUGUUACCUCCCAGCCUCAUGACAUCAUAAACUCCAAAAAGAACUACCACACAGCUUUACUUGAACAGUUAACUACGCAAAAGCUGUGGAAAUGUCGGGUGUUUGGAAGAGCAGAUUAAGCUGUGUUGCUAGAGCUGUUUAUGUGUGUUACAGCCUGUUGCUCUGCAUCUUGGCCAGCCAGGCUGCUGAGGCAGAUGACACCUGCCUUAUGACCCUUGUGGUGCCCAAAGAGAAGAUCAAACACACCUGUGAUGUCCAAGAACAGUUCCAGAAGAAGCUUGAGUACCUGGAGGGACAAAUCAAUCACCAGGCCAAAGUUAUCAAGGAUCUUGAGGUGAUGUUACGGAAAGACAAAUCCAUUGUUAAGCACACCAAAAAGACACCGGUGCUUGAUCCAGGUCUUCAGGUGAGCCGACCGGAUGAUGAGGAUCUGUACAUGCCCCCAGUCUUACCAGACCUGUCUGAUGAUUACCCAGAUUUUGCUGACUACUAUCCCCCUGAUGUGUCCUCAAGGUCCGACAAAGGUAAGCCAAGGAGAGAAAAGGUUGAUCAACACAAAAGAAUCAACCUGUUUGCUAUGGACCUACUACGGCCUUACUUGGACAGAGAGCUGGCCAGACUAAAGGUCAACAUAUCACGGACAAUCAGUCAAAGGCUCCAUCCAUUUGCUGCUGGAUUUGAAGAGGUGAAGAAGUUCACUCUCCAGAAUGGCAGCCGUGAUGCCAAUGUGCCGAGUCCUGGUGCUCAGACUUCCAUGAACACCAUUGCAUUGUCUCACCUGUUCGUGCAGGUAAGUAAUGUUCAUGACAAGCUGCUGCAUAUGAACACGCAGCACUUGAUCCUGCAGAAGAAGGUGAGUAUGAUGGAGAGUCGUUUGAUAUCCAUCCACAAUGUUGCUGGUCAGCGCACCACAGACUUGCGCUCACGGGUGCUACAACUAGAGCAUGAGAACAAGCUACUGAAGCUGAACCAGACGUGCCAUUCAGAAUUGCAGGAAAUCAGGCUGGACAUCGCCAGACAACUCUCCAACGCCAAGGACACGCUGCGGGGCAACUGUAAGUCUCGACGCAGAACCAAGGUGCGAGCACGCAUUGCUCAGGAGGAUUACUACUAUGAUGAGGAUGCAGACGGUGAUAAUGUAAUAGAUGAUACAACAAAACCUUUAACAGAAACGUCAGCAUUCAUGGAAUUGGAGAAAAAUGUGACGGCUUUACAGAACCUCGUGUCUCAGCAGUUCCAGCGGCUUGAGGACUCCAAUCGUAAGAGUCUUGCUGCGUGGAACAGCACUGAGAUUCAGCUUAGAGAGGAGGUGAUGGACAGAAGGCAUAUGGAUGAUCAGCUGAAUAUGAGCGCACAUGUGAGCUUGGAGCAGAUGCGUAAACACAUUGGCAGCCUAGAUGGUGACCUGAAGGAAGUGAGGAAUAUGGCUGAUCAGAUGACACUGAACAUUGAGAAGAACCACCACGUGACUGAGCAGCAACUAGCCUCGCUCAGACAGGUGCUAGCUGAUCUCCACAGAGACACCAUCAACAACUUCACCCAUCACAGGGAGCUCAUCAAAAACACUUCCUGGACCAUAGGCAUGAGCAUCCACAAACUACAGAAGUCUGACGAAGAACAGUCCCAGGCUCUGAAAUCCGCCAUAGGUAAAUCUAACCAGAAACUAACAGAGAAUCGGUUAAGCAUUCUGGAAUGGCGAGACAGAGUGACAGAAAACAAUGCCAGCUUGUCACACCUGUCCACUGACUUGCGCCAACUAAGCGAGCAGGUGCACGUGUCCGUAAUGAGCCUUAAUGAAUCGGUGCGCACUCUGAGCGUUCAGUUCAAACUCAACAAUGAAACGUGGUAUCCUUAUAGCUUUUCUCAUACUAAAGGCCAUGUAAAAUGUUUUGGCGAGAAGUAUGUAAGAAAGACAAACUAUCCUUCUGGCAGUAUUGUAGGUGUGGUGCUAUGUUCUCCAGAUAUGUAUAAGAUUUUUCUCAGUGACUCCCUGACAGACACCUUCCUGGACGUGGCAGACAGUGAUGGGUAUGGACAUGACCAUUGUGAGUUUGUAGGGGGGAAGCUGGAGAGGACAUCCCAGCUAGGAAACACCCCUGUGUUCUAUAAAAGGCAGAUGGGUUAUAAACGUCACUCGUGGGGUGAGAUACCUAAACGCACCUAUCUGACCUUACUGAACCUGUCACCAGAGUGGUACAGGUGUGGUGUGUCUAUACCUGGCUGAGUAUAACACCUGUAUACAGACUACAUGUAACUUAUAUUGUGAUCUUACUGAUGAUGUUACCAAGGAGGAUGCUCCACACAGACUGCUUUGUUCUUAAGCUGGAUUCUUACAUUAUUCACCGAAGACAGUUUGCUCUGUGUGUCAAUGCCACACACAAGUUCACAUUUCUGACAGUUACCAGCUUACUCACAGCCUUGACAUAUUGGAUUAUGAAGAUCUUCACAACUAAAUACAGAAAAGGAGGUUUCAUUUCAUGUCAUAUCAAGUUAAUUUCCUGAUGUGACUGUUAGGUCUAUUACCAUGAACUCAAUGCUCAGAAAUGACUGUAUUACAUGUAUGCAGCAAUUUUCAAGUGCAUUUCUGGUAAUAUUCUCAUCAGUGGUGAAUCUACAUGUGGUCCAGGCAUAUGCCUAUUAACCACCGGUUCAAUAUUGUACAUGUAUUUCUUUCAUGAAUCAAGCUUUAAAUUAAAAUGGUUAGCUUUUAUAAUAA